UCUAAAUAAAUUUCGAAGUUUCUCCCAACUUUUAAUUUGGAGACAUUUCCAACUUCGCCGGAGAACGUGACUCCGUUCGUACUUUGGAAUUCUCCGAUCUCCGGCGACUACUUACGUGAAGUUCUUCACUCGCUUUCUCUCGUUACCUUGAUCGAUCAUGGCGAGACUUGAAGCCUGAUCCAUAACCUUUUGUUUUUGUUUUUGGACUUUGAAUCUGAAUCAAAGCUAAAUUCAUGGCGUCGAGGAAUCGAACUUUGCUGUUCAGGAAGUAUAGGGAUGCUUUGAAGAGUGUCCGAGCACCAACAAGCUCAUCGUCUUUUACGAGCUCCGGCGGUGGCGGACGGGUGAUUGAGUUGGCCAAUACGUCGCUUUUGAAUCCGAAUCGGUCUUAUGCACCGCUCAGUACUGACGAUCCGGGUAGUUCAAGUAGGGGUGCACUCACUGUUGGUCUACCUCCAGCUUGGGUAGAUGUAUCUGAAGAAAUAUCAGCAAAUGUGCAGCGUGCACGUGUGAAAAUGGCUGAACUGACUAAAGCCCAUGCAAAGGCCUUAAUGCCUUCUUUUGGGGAUGGUAAAGAAGAUCAACGUUUGAUUGAAGCCCUUACACAAGAGAUAACUGGUCUGAUAAGGAAAUCAGAGAAGAGACUACAAAGACUUUCUGCAGCUGGGCCAUCUGAAGAUUCAAAUGUUAGAAAAAAUGUGCAGCGCUCUCUUGCUACUGACCUCCAGAACCUCUCAGUGGAGCUUAGAAAGAAACAGUCGGCUUAUUUGAAGCGUCUCAGGCUGCAAAAAGAGGGUGAUGGAGUUGAUAUAGAGAUGAAUCUAAAUGGAAGUAGAUCUAGAGUGGAAGAUGAUGAUUUGGAUGACAUGAUGUUCAAUGAGCAUCAACUUGCAAAGCUUAAAAAGAGCGAGGCAUUCUCAGUAGAAAGAGAGCGAGAGAUCCAACAGGUGGUAGAAUCCGUAAAUGAGCUUGCUCAGAUUAUGAAGGAUCUGUCGGUACUCGUGAUAGACCAGGGUACCGUAGUUGAUAGGAUAGACUACAAUAUUCAGAACGUUGCAACAACAGUUGAGGAGGGCCUCAAGCAACUAAAAAAGGCUGAGAGAACACAAAAACAAGGAGGGUUGGUAAUGUGUGCUUCGGUUCUCGUCAUCAUGUGUAUCAUCAUGUUGGCUCUUUUAAUCAUCAAGGAAAUAAUCUUGUGAUCUGUCUUGAGAGAGCUCUUUCCAGCAUUUGGAUGCCAACUAAUUCUUGCAAUCCCUCCCCCAACUGAGAUUUAUACACAUACGAAAUUGGUUACGUUGUUCCCAGCAGAGAAAGAAGUUUCGAGGCUCCGCAGCAACUUCGGUUUUUUCCUUUUCUUUUUAUUUUUUCUGGCCAUGGGAACAGCUAUUUAGUAGGAACAAUCAAGAGAUUACUAUUCAUUUGCCCAUUUUUAUUAUGGAACGUUGGGGAGGGGAGAGAUUGAUUAACUGGGAAUGAUUGUUCUGGGAUAUAUAUAUGUAUAGAGAGGGAGAGAGAAUUUGCCAAGGAACCAAUUGUUGAUUUUCUUUCUCCCAGGAUUUUGGUGCUUUGGUUUCUUAGCAAACACAUUAUAUGGUGAUGAUACUUUUGUUAAUUUCAUCGUUUGUAUUGACUUCAUUAUACAAAUAAAAAGAAACACGUCUCUUAUUCAAUCAAAUUCAAAA